AUGAAAUACACUUUCUCUACUCUUAUAAUUGUUAUAAUCUUGAGCCUAAUUCUUGGCUUAUCUUGGAUCGAAGCUGAUUGUUCGAUAGGUGAAGGAAAACGCGAUUGCCAUUCAGGAUUCUCUUGUAGCUCGGAUAACGAUUGCAUAUUUAAGCUAUGCGAAAAUUUCGUCUGUGUGCGCAAGUUGUCUCGCGGCUGCGUAGUAGGAGGCAAGAAGAAUAAUUGUAGACUGGGUGAUCCCUGUGUGUCUAGUGAUGACUGCCAAACGCCUGGUUGUGCAGAAAAUGAUAGUGGAACUACUGUUUGCGUCUGA